CAGAUGUACAGAAUUCAUUCCUAGCAAGAGGAAAGGCGUCGCUGGAGCGUCUGUUGUGGUGUUUCCGAAGAGCUUUCCAGAGUCGACAUAUAGCAGGCCAAGGUCACACUCGCUGUAACAAUAAUAAACCUGCAGCUGGCUUUGUAUCGAAGAAGUCUGGCGGUGAGAAUAUCUGUGCGUUAAGUGAGUGCAAUGCUUUACGAAAAUUGCCAUUCGUGUUACAUUUACAACUGUUUCGACAACCUUAGAGCGAAGUGUGAGCAAAGCACACAUGGCGUUCAAAUCACCCCUUUCCCCUUCGGUUUAUGCAGACUGUGAAGUUUUACGCCUAUGAAAUAAGCUCCGGGGCAUUCAGUAUUAUAGUGUAAUUGGUGUCGAAAUUCAUAAAUGUUUAUGGAAAUGAGCUGCCUGUGGAAUUUGGUAAUAAGAGUCGCCUCCUCCGUCAUGGCCUGCAUGCCCAGGACACGGCUGUGCUGCCAGCCCGCCGGCCUGCUGUUCUUGUGUGUUAGUGUGGGCGUCUUUAUGGUGGUGAGAAUAUGGGAAAACCUUCUUCCGAAUGCCCCCGCCCUCCCGCCCACGCCACUCAGCGCCAGCCCUCUCUACCCGUCCCGCCUCCCGCUCCUGGACCUGCAGGACUUCACCUACGUCAUCAACAACGACGCGUGCGGCCGCGGUAGCGACGUGUUCGCCGUCGUCAUCGUGCACACGCAUCCUGCCAACCGGGAGGUGCGAGACAUCAUGCGCGCUCAGAUCCCCCAGCAGGACCUGCAGGAGCUGGGCGUGCGGCGCGUGUUCCUGCUGGCGCGCGCCGAGUGGCACGACCAGAAGCUGUACCAGCAGACGCCGCAGUCCGACAUCGACCGGGAGAACGUGCAGAACCAGGACAUCGUGCAGGGCAACUUCAAGGAGCACUAUCACAACCUGACGUACAAGCACGUGAUGGGCCUGCAGUGGGUGACGCAUUACUGCUCGCAGGCCAAGUACAUCAUCAAGAUGGACGACGACAUCGUGGUCGACCUGUACCAGUUCCGACACCUGCUAAGGAGCAGGUACUACGAGAGGACCAACCUGAUCAUGGGGCUGCUGCAGGUGGAGGCCCGGCCCGUGCGCAACAAGGAGAGCAAGUGGUACGUGAGCGAGGCAGAGUUCGCCGACGACUUCUACGCCCCCUUCAUGUCGGGAUGGGCGUACGCCAUGACCCUCGACGCCGCCCGACGGAUCGUGGCCGAGUCGUCCACGGUGCCCUACUUCUGGAUCGACGACGUGCACGUAACGGGCACGCUGGCCGAGCGCACCGGCGUCAAGCGCGAGGGCCUCAACCGCUUCUACACGCUGCACGUCGACCACCUCUACUGCUGCAUCGAACUGCCCGAGAGUGCCGAGUACCUGUGUGACUUCCUGGCGGGCCCCUCGGAGGGCGACACCACCGUCAUGACCAAGGUGCUGGGCCACGCCAGGUUCUGCUACGUCAACACCUGCUACCGGAGGCCCCUGGACCACAGCGUGGCCAAGAUGUGCGUGCGGACCAAGGUGCCCCCCCUGGCGCCGCUCGGGAAGGGGCGCGGCGAGAUCGUCAGGUUGUCACGGUAACGGGAGGUCAAGCAGGCGCUCGGCGAUGUUGCGGAGGCGAAAAGCUCCCUUGUGACUGUAUCAAGUCUUUAAAUAAUGUAGGCCUUCAAGGGAAUUCUCUCUCUCUCUCUCUCUCUCUCUCUCUCUCUCUCUCUCUCUCUCUCUCUCUCUCUCUCUCUCUCUCUCUCUCUCUCUCUCUCUCUCUCCCCCCCCUCCCUCCCUCCCUCUCUCCCUCUCUCCCCCUCUUUGCCUCUUUGCCUCUACCUCCCUUUACCUCCCUUCCCCUCCUCCUCCUCCUCUCCUACUCUUCCUCCUCUCUCCCUCCUCUCCCUACCUUCUUCCUUCUACUCUUCCUACCUCCCUCCUCCUCCUCUCCCUCCCUCUCCCUUCCUCUCCCUCUCUUCAUUUUUCCCUCUUUUCCUCCCCGCCCUCAAUCACUCCCCUCUUUCUUCUCUCUGGUUAUCUGUCUCUUAUCAGUCGCUCUUAUUUUCUUUCUAUCAGUUCCAUUGUUCGUAUUGUGUAUAUAGCUAAGGUAAUGUUAACCACGUGAUGUCUCCAGUGUUCACUUGCCAGUAACACUUUAUACCUAUAAAGGUAGUCGUUAAAGAAAUGUAUUUAUAUUGUUGUAUGUGUAAAAUGUAUAGGUUUUUUAUAUUAUUUUACUUUGUCGAAUCAGAUGUAAAUAUGUACAUAGAUUUAGCCUUAAUAUUCUAACAGUCAUUAUUUUUACCCAAUAAAGAAGUGUCAAGUGCCAUUAUUAUCAAAAGCAUAAUAAAAUAAUA